GUUGCUCUGCUUACACGCUGAAUUCAAGUUGUGUUUAGUUAGACCUGUCAACAUUAUAAAAGGACAAUAAUGGCUCGUUUGCGCUAAUAUACCAACAGCGAAGCAUAGAACUAUGACACUGACCUUGUUGAUGUGCAACCUCAUGUCAGGUUUAUUAGCAGGAUCUGAAACGACUUGUCCGAGAGUUAGUUAGCUGGCUAACUAACCUUGUUGUCUUCCCAGAAAAACGACUAUUACUAGUUUAACUACUAGGUAGUAUAUUUGCUUCUCAAGGUCGCCAAUGUGCAGUCUAAGAGCAAAGAAGAAGGAAACCACGUCCAGCGCAAUUAAGAGUUACAGUUAGCGAUGAAGCUAGCAAGCUCUCCAAUACAGUCUGUUCCAUCUAGUGUCAGCAAUAUUUACCUCCACACUGACUUCUCUAAUGAACCUCACAAAUGCUACUCUACACAAACUCCUUAAUUUAUUUGCAAUAAUCUGCAAUUCUUCAAAAAUAAGUGGCAAUUCACACAAUCAAUAUCCAAUAAAAGAUGGAAGGGGAGAUCGAGGUGGAGAGCAGCAGUGAUGUUGGUCCGUCAGGGUCUGGGAUGGAGGAGCCGUCAGAGAGCGGUAUGGGCAUGGAGUCGUCGGAGGCCAUGUCUGCAGACAGCAGCGACGCAGCAGCGCCACACGCCUCCCGCCACCACAGCCAGCACCGCCAUGGGCACGGUCACCAUGGCCAGGCCCCAGAGUCAGACUGCCAUGUGGGACAAAGCUCAGAGGGUAUCCUGGCGUUCCUACCAGAGACCAGCUCCAGCACAGACGUCACCCACCACAGAGCCACCGUCCACCUCCCAGACUCCUCCUCUGUGGCCCAGUCCACCAGCGUCUCCACCGUAACCCAGUCCAUCCUGGUGUCCGGGUCGGCCCAGGUGAUGGUCCACUCCAGUGCAGCGGUGUCAGACUGCGGGGGCAUGAUGGUGUCUGAUUCCACAGCCUCUACCUCCUCAGACCUGGGAUCAGCCAUAGACAAGAUCAUAGAGUCCACCAUCGGACCUGACAUCAUGAACGGAUGUAUAGCAGUGACCAGUGCAGAGGACAGCGUUGCAGAGACCAGUGAGGGGCAGUAUUUGAUACUACAAGGACCAGACGAUGGGGCCCCUAUGGUAGCCCACAUGUCGUCCUCGGCUCUGUCCAGCCAUCACCGCAUCGCCAUCGAGGCUCUGGGAGAGGGUCCUACCUCCACCUGCCACGACCAGGGGGACAUGCAGGAUAACCUGGAUCCAGACCAGCCCUCUGGGAGUCACUCUCACUCCGGCCGCUACCCAGACCAUGAGGACCAGGACAACCAGCCCCAGCACUCCCACGCGUCCCAGUACAUGGAGUGUAGUGGUGGCGAUGCGGACGGACCUGAUCAGACUGGAGAGUCCUCCUCCUCGUAUGUAGACGAUGAGGAACCCGACCAGACACGUUCCUCCCGCUCCCUCGUCCGGUCCCGUUUCCCUGAGUACGGUAUAGUCGACAACUCUGGCCAGGACCUCAGGGGGUACGUGGAGUGUAGUGGUAGCGGUGCCACCGACUCCAACCCCUCGUCCCCUGCCCGUCUACGACACACCCACUAUAUGGUGGACUGCAGCGCGGGGACGGGGGCGUACCUGGAGUGUGCCGGGGACGAGGAAGAGGAUUCGAUGCAGCACCACUCUCGGAGCUACAUCGACAGCAGCAGCAGUGCUAACCAUUCCCAGAAUCACCAAACUCUGUCUAACCACUCUCAGAAUCACCAAACCCUGCGGCAGUAUGUGGAGUCUGGGGCUGCGGUUGCAGAUUCAGAGCAGCCUGGUUGUUCCAACUCUCACUCUCAGAGUCACCAAACCCUACGGCAGUAUAUGGAGUCUGGGGCUGCAGAUUCGGAACAGCCACGAUGUUACCAAUACCAGGCUGAGGAAGGGCAAGGAGAGGACCCAGACCAGAACCCAGAUCAGAACCAGGACCCAGAUCAGCCACAGCACUCUGACCAGCAGCAGCCUCAGCACUCCCACUACAUGGAGACCACCAGCAGCAGCACUGGCCCAGAAGGUGAGGGUUCCACCACAGACCACCACCACCCCCAGGCAGACACCGCAGACUCAGGCUCAGCAGAUCAUCCAGAGGUUAUGGAGUGUUCUGAGAGCCAGCCUGGCCCUUACAUCAGUAGCAGUGGGACCUACUCCUACCACCCGGAGCCUGAGAUGGAAGAGGCCCCUGAACCUCCAUGGUCCCACAGUUUGGAGAGGCCUUCCAGGGGAGAGGAGGAGGAGGGCGGCGUGGUGGGGGGGUCUGGGGCUCCAGUCGUGGAGGAGGGGGCUGGGAGCGGACCAGGGGUCACCGUCCCCCACACCAUGGCUGAACUGGAGGAGAUGAUGGAGGUGGUGAUCGUUCAGCAGUUCAAGUGCAAGAUGUGUCCCUACAAGAGCGUCUCCAAAGACACCCUCAUCAACCACAUGAGAGACAGGCACUUCAAACCCACAGGUGGCCCCCCUCCUAAGAAGCGUGGUCGUGGUCGGCCCAGGCGUAGUGAUACAUUGGCCCGUCAGCCGGCUGAGGUGAAACCAGAGCCCCAGCCUGAGGAGCCAGAGGACGAUGACAUCGUAGACGCUGGGGCCAUCGAUGACCCUGAAGAGGACAGUGACUAUAACCCAGCAGAUGAGGACUGUAGGGGUAGACAGCCUGCUCUCCUGAGACAACCUGCCCCCCCUCCCUGCUCCUCCUCCUCCUCCACAGACCGCCCCAGACGCAGGGUGGGACGACCCAGGAAGUUCACCUACACAGAGGGCAGCUACAACGGCAAGGAAGCAGUAGCAGACGGGACGUCAAAGCCUAAGGGGAGUGUGGAUCCUCAAGGCUCGGAGGAGGCCAGUUCCUCAGGCCUGGGAAACGGCCCAGGUCCCUUGGCCAAUGGAAACACAGCGGAAGCCGGCAUCAGCCAAUCGGACUCUGAGAACAAAGACCCGUCGUCCAAUGGGAGGCCAGAAGAGCUUUUCCCAAGGAAACGGGGUCGACCCUCCAAGCGGUUCAUCAGGAAGAAAUACAAGAAGUACAUGAACCGCAAGUACUGUAAGUCUCUGAAGCCGCUCCUGAGGCCUCACAGCUGUUGGAUCUGCGGCUCUCGCUUCCUGUCCCAGGAGGACCUGAGGUUCCACGUUGACUCUCACCAAGGAAACGACCCAGAGUGCUUCAAAUGCCUGCAGUGUAACUACCGCUGCAAAAGAUGGUCCUCCCUCAAGGAACACAUGUUCAACCACCAGGGGAACAAGCCCUUUAAGUGUGAGGAGUGUGACUACAGCAGUGUGUAUAAGAAGGAUGUCAUCAGACACUCUGCAAUACACAACAAGGACAAGAAAACAAAGUCUGAGUCAUGUGGUCUGUCUGACUCUCAGCAGGUAUCUAAGGUGUUGUCGUUCCCGUGUCCAGUGUGCCACAGAGUCUACCCCAUGCAGAAGAGACUCACUCAGCACAUGAAGACACACAGUACCGAGAAACCACACAUGUGUGACAAGUGUGGGAAGUCCUUCAAGAAGAGAUAUACGUUCAAGAUGCAUCUCCUCACACACAUCCAGAGUGUUGACAACAGCAGGUUCAAGUGUGAGUUCUGUGACUAUGACUGUGACAACAAGAAGCUCUUGCUCAACCACCAGCUGUCCCAUACCAACGACCGGCCCUUUAAAUGUGACUACUGUAAAUACUCCACCUCUAAAGAGGACUUCCUGGUCUCACACCUGGCCAUCAAACACACCGGAGAGAAACCGUUCUCCUGUGAGAUGUGCCACUUCAUGACGAAACACCGUAAGAACCUGCGUCUGCACGUCCAGUGUCGCCACCCGGAGGCGUUUGAGGAGUGGAGCGCUACGCACCCUGAGGAGCCCGUCAGACGGAGGAGGAGACCCUUCUUCACCCAACAACAGAUAGAGGAACUCAAACAGCAACACGACGACACACCGGGCCUACAGAACACUAUACUGGCGGUGGAUCCUGAUACACUACAAGCCAUGCAGACAAUGCAGAACGCCUCAGUCUCCCAAGAUGCAAUGGGAAACACCACCAUCAUCUACGAACAGGCUGGAAACUCAGACCUGUCAGCCCAAAAUGCUCUGGAUCUGCUGUUGAAUAUGAGCAACGCCAGAGAGCUGGUGGGAAACUCACUGCAGGUACAGGUGUUGAAGUCGUCUGACUCCAGCGUUCUAGAAGCAGGCUCCUGGACGGGCGUUACCUCGGCGACGGGGGGAGGGCAAAAAGUUGUGACCUUUCACGUGUCUGAGACCGGCGAGACCCUGGUGCAGGAGGUCCAGGAGGUGCAGGAGGGUUAUGAGGCAGGGACCAAUGAGAAUGGAGAGAUCACCCAGGUGGCCAUCCAGGCCUAUGAGGGGGCAGAAGGCUUCAGUGUGUUGGAACAAGCUACAGAGGAGAUCCACAGCACCGGACCUGGAUACAGCAGUGGCGAGGGGAGUCCCCAGCCCAUGGAAGAAGAGGAGGAAGGAACAGAAAUAGUCAGAGAGAAUGGAGAAAAGUACUACCUGACCUCCGGGCUAGGGGACGGGGUGUUGCAGCAGGUCGAGCUGAGCAGUGAGGCCCCGGGUUCUCCCUCCAUGGUGGGUUCUCCCCAGCAGAACCAGCUCAACCCUAAGAGGUUCUCCUGUCGUAUCUGCAUGGAGUCGUUCCACGGUCGUAGUGACAUGGAGAACCACAAGAGGGCCCACAUCGACCCCUCCACCUUUAAGUGUCCCGACUGUGACUUCACUGCCUCGUCCUGGCCAGUUGUCAAGACCCACAUGGUCAUGCAUGCCUACCUGAGACCUCACAAGUGUCCCAGCUGCAGCUUUGCCUCCAAGAACAAGAAGGAUCUGAGGAGACACAUGAUGACGCAUACCAACGAGAAGCCCUUCACCUGCCAGAUCUGUGGACAGAGGUUUAACCGUAACGGCCACCUCAAGUUCCAUAUGGAGCGACUCCACAGCCAGGACCCUCCGACAAAGAAGACCCGCUCUGGUGGAGGCUCCCAGCAGACCAUCAUAGUUAACAGUGAUGAGGAGGCUCUCGCCACGCUCCAGUCAGCUCUGCAGGCAGGACAGAUUAUCAGCCCAGAGCAGCUACAACAGGCCUUGGGUCAGGACCACAUCAUAAUGUCCCAGGAACAAGGUCUGGGUCAGGACCAUAUCAUAAUGUCCCAGGAUCAAGGUCUGGGUCAGGACCACAUCAUAGUGUCCCAGGAACAAGGCCUGGGUCAGGACCAUAUCAUAGUGUCCCAGGAACAAGGCCUGGAAGACCAAGAGGAGGCCACGUACAUUCAGCAGAUCACCACAGUGGACGGACAGACGUUACAGUACAUGACAGGAGACAACCAGGUCCAGUAUAUCAUCUCUCAGGAUGGAGUCCAACACUUCCUACCUCAGGAGUACGUGGUACUAGCAGACGGGAACCACAUCCAGAUGUCAGAUGGCCAGAUCAUCCAGUAUGAGCAUGAUGGUGCCUUCCUGCAGGAGCAACAGAUUGCCCUGAGUCAUGACGGGCAGAUCCAGUAUCUUCCAAUCAGUUCAGAACAACAGAUAGUCAGUCCUGAGGACCUGGAGGGUGCUGAACAUUCUGCCGUUACUGCGGUAGCAGAUGCAGCCUUGCAACAGACCCAGACGGUCUAUACAGAGGCCACACAAGAACAGCUGGAGCAGCUCCAACAGCAGGGAAUCCAGUAUGAUGUCAUCACCUUCACCGAUGAGUAGAGAACCUCUGUCGGACGGAUGGAAGUCGGGAGGGAUGGCUCUCUGUGAUUGCGGACUUGUCUCCUAGUAUGAUGUCUACUAUCGGCUGCCUGACGACCGUAUGUAGUGCAGGACUAGGACGGUGGAACCACGAUGACCAGUGACCUCCAGCGUGGUUCGACAGGAUCGGCCUGAGCGAGACAGCAGAGAAUCUACAAAUCAUUGUGUAAAAUCAUCCCAAACAGCUACUCGUUAUGCUAUCAAGAUUGGCAAAUCUGGGCAGGGUCUUGCCCAGGUCCAUCCCUUAGAACACACUGGUCUACUCUCUAGGAGCUCUGCCGUGCUUCAGAUACCCAGAACACACUGCUCUACUCUCUAGGAGCUCUGCCGUGCUUCAGAUACCCAGAACACACUGCUCUACUCUCUAGGAGCUCUGCCGUGCUUCAGAUACCCAGAACACACUGCUCUACUCUCUAGGAGCUCUGCCGUGCUUCAGUUACCCAGAACACACUGCUCUACUCUCUAGGAGCUCUGCCGUGCUUCAGAUACCCAGAACACACUGCUCUACUCUCUAGGAGCUCUGCCGUGCUUCAGAUACCUGGGAUGAUAGAAACAGCACUUGAGAGGAUUUUAGUGGCUGGUAGAUCUAUCACUCAUAGUGGGAGUGUUGAAUAGAUGAACUCUCACUGUUAAGUAGAUCUAUAAACAGAAGCUUUUGUAAAUUCUAAAUAUUGUACCCGUCGCUUCUAAGUUAAUCAAUAGGGGCUGAUGUACAUUAAAGAACAAAGUUACACACGGUUGGGGUGAUCUAGGCUGUGUGUCAAAUGCCACCCUAUGCCCUACAUAGUGCACUACUUUUGACCAGGGCCCUUCGAAAGUAGUGCACUAAAUAGGGAAUAGUUUGCCAUUUUGGUACGUAGGUGUACUCUGUAAUUAUUUAAGGUCUGCGGUUUCCUCAACACCUGCUUUGACUUGCAAGACAAUGUCACGAAAGAAAACAUUUAAAAUGGCUGAUAUGUUUUAGAAUAAAGCACAGCUUCCAAUGGACGUUUAGUUUUGAAUAGGAAAGGACUAUGUGAAGACUGCCUCUGGAGGAUUGAUAUUUGAAGAUAUUUGUACAUAUCUUUUUGCAUAUGAAGCAUUUUGUUCCAUGAUUUGCUUAAAUGAAAAUCGCUGAAUAAGCUAAAAGCUGAUGCCAAAUAAAUCACAACAUUUACAUAUGAAUCAUUUAGCAGACGCUCUUAUCCAGAGCGACUUAAAGGAGCAAUUAGAGUUAAGUGCCUUGCUCAAGGGCAUAUCAACAGAUUUUUCGCCUAGUUAAAGCAAGGAUUCAAACCAGCGACCUUUUGGUUUCUGGCCCAAUGCUCUAAUCGCUUGGCUAGCUGCCACACCAUUACCACAUUCUGUCAGAUCUUUCACUUUCCUUUAUGUGAUUUGUUUUCUUAUGUUUUAAUAUUGGCCAGAUAUUUUGUUUUUCAAUGACAAAAAAAACAUUAUAGAGCUAUUAUGAUACUACUUGAAACUGUGAUACCUGAGCCUGUACCAUGACAACAGUACAACCUAUCAUCCUUCUACUCUAAGCCAAUAAUAAGUGUUCUGAAACUUGUAAAUUGCAAGUUAGAGAGACACCCCCUCCCUCCCUCGCCCAAAUGAAGGAAGUGAAUCACAAGGCUGGUCUCGGAACAAUGCAGAAAAACUGCUGUCAACUCCAGUUGCCUUUUUUUGUUUGGUGACUAGGAUGUGUGGGGACAGCUGCCCAGCCUCAGUGAGUAUUUGACUGAAGAUGAAGAUUAUCUUUCUCUUGAUUCUUCUAUUAGAUGACCCUGAGAUGGAAGCACAACAGAGGACAGUGGUGAAUGGACAAGCGCUGCUGAGAUUUGUCUUUCCUCCUUUCUACAAUGGUUAUGAGAAGUUCUGUUCUAAACUAUAUCCUGGGGGAAUUUCUGUUAUUGUGAAUACCAGAGGAUAUGUCAACGACUUCUACAAGGGAAGAGUAUCCACAACAGAAUACAACGGUGUGAUGGACGUUAUGAUAUGGAAUUUAAAGCCAGUGGACGCUGGCGACUACAGGUGUGCUGUUGUCACCAUUGGAUGGAAUCAUAUCUACAGUGACUAUAACCUCCAGAUUGAUAGUGGUCGACGUAGUGGUCCUGUAUCCCCUCGACCUCCGGUCAGGUCAACCAUCAGCCCCUUCAUCUUCUCUUCCUCAUCACACACAUCUGGGCCUGUUUUCACCAACGACCACAGUGACAGCCCCAGUGUUCCCUGGAGCUUUGGUUUACCACUGGCUGCAGGUCUUUGCAUCGCUAUGGUGAUUGUGAUCAGCUCAGUAGUCCUUGUUGUGGUUCAUCACAAAAUCAUCAAGAAAAAGAAAUGUGGAGCAACUUCCAGUGACUCAGCUGCACACAUCCUCUCAGAUGUCCUUCAGGAGGAGAGCAGUAUUGUCUACACCACAGUGGACUUCAAGCCUCAUAAGAACCAUACCACUGAGCUGUAUGCUAAUUUACAGACACUCAGCAGCCCCAGAAGCCCCGACGCACACAGAGAGCCUGCUGGGACAGUGGUGUACUCCACACUGGCUAGCAACCGAUGCUGAACCGGAUUAUCUUUCUGAUGUUUCCCAGAACUGUUUCUGUUGUCUUGAUAAGUUAUGACCAGGCUAUCUGUAUCUUGCUACAAUGUGGAUAAUUAAGUAUGAAAACUGUGUUUUAAAGCUAGAAUCUUUAGUUGCUACAUACAUUUUUUUGAUCUUAUGAAUUCAUUAUAUAUACCCAUUUGAUUCUUGAAGAAUAUAACGAAUAAAUGCCUCAUGACCUUAGUUCAACUGUCGUCCCCCAUCAGAACCCAAAAUAUACGCUUUUUUUACUCCAAUGUUUGAAAACAAACAUUGUAUAACCUCAACCUGGUUUAGGGCUCUAUUCAAUCAGAUCAACUUUAGUCGAUGAGUGGUUGUUUUUGCGGUGUUGGAGGUGGAACUGCCUGCAGGGUUAUCAAAUCCACAAGCGGCUCCGGGCAUUAUACCUAAAGGUGGACAUUGCCAUGGAGUCGCAAUAAUAGAAAUCUCACGCAGCUUUGUUUACAAGUUUGAACACUGCAAUGUGAGAUGUAAUCUACACCUCAAUUAGGCUGAUAAUUAUUUUUAAUUUGAGCGUCAUUAUUUCUGUUUAUAAACUGGGUGGUUCCAGCCCUGAAUGCUGAUUGGUUGACAGCCGUUGUAUAUGAGACCAUAUACCACGGGUAUGACAAAACAUUUAUUUUUACUACUCUAAUUACGUUGGUAACCAGUUUAUAAUAGCAAUAAGGCACCUUGGGUGUUUGUGAUAUAUGGCCAAUAUACCACGGCUAAGGGCUGUGUCCAGGCACUCCACGUUGUGUCAUGCUUAGAACAGCCCUUAGCCGUGGUAUAUUGGCCAUAUAUACCACACCUCGCCGGGCCUUAUUGCUUAAAUAGCCUACAUAUUCUUGCUUUGAACUUCUAACCGGAGUGGGAGCGAGUGGGACGGGUGCGACUAUUGUCACGCAGGCACAACAGCAGCCUCUCACCGGUUUGACCGCUCCAACUAGGUUCCGACACCGCCAAAACAUCAGCUAUGCUGGUGUCGGCUAUCGCCAGCUGACGCUUGAUUUGAUUGAAUCUAAGUUUUAUGCCAUCGUGUUGAUAUCAUGGAUGGUCCGUCGUUGCAUCCACAGCUCUGUCUAUUCAUUUGAGAGGUUACAUUUCUCCAGGCCCAUCCGUCAGCUUUUUAUCGAAACAGAGGAGGGGUGACCACUUUGUUUCAGAUAAAGAUUCUAGCUUUAAGGUGAUUGAUUUAUAUCUAUUUUGACUUAUAAACCAUACAAAUAAAGGAUUUACUUUUGAGUUUGA